UUUAUUUUAAUCCUAGAACUUUUGAAUCCUCUUGGAAAGCGCAAAAACAAGAAACUGCUUUUUAAAUGUCUCUCAUACAGCUGACAUGUUCCAGGGAAAAGCUGUUUAUUCUGCAAAAUUCUCUGGGGUUUUAAAUAAGCAUAAAAUGAAAGUUGUUUAAAAUCUAGCCUUCAAAAUGAAUAUUGAAAGGUCAGACGACAAAGCAAAGAAUGGCUUGAAGUCUUCCUUACUUAUGAGGGAUGAAAAUGGAAAUGACUACAUGUGUGACAAAGCUACGCUUCCUUCAAAGAAUUGUGCUGCCAAGUUACAUGGUGAUUCAACUGACCAAAAUAUAGUGACUGAGAAUGAAGAUGAUGCUGCUCUUGAAGAUAAGAGUGACUUUGGAAGUAUUCUUUUAAAACAGCAGUGUAUUGAAGCAUUUCAUCUGCCAAGGGUGCCUGGUAAAUAUAACUGCCCAGGAGACAUUCUCUUGGGAGAUAAAGAUACUGAAUGCAAGUCUUCUCUGACUGAACAGACUAGUAUGUAUCCUUUGAAUUGUGACUUGAAAGAAACAACAAACUUCCUGAAAGGUAAUAUGGCUAUGACAAAAAUGCAAGCUCAGAGUACUGAACAAUCAAUGCCUUACAGUCAGACUGAAUCAAACUGUGUAUUACCGCAUCCUGCUUCAGAGCAGUGCACACAGUCCAUGAUAGAAAACAGGGUACACUGUCACCAGAGCACAUGUGAUGUUACUAACAUUGUAAGUGGAACAGUGGGAACUGAUCAAAAUGAUGUGCAUCUGGGGGAAAUGCUAAUCCCUUCUGAUGAAGGAGAUAUGGAAGAGAAAUUGGGUGCAGAAAAAACACCAAAUUUGUCUUUUACAGUAGUGGCUUCAGGAAGCCUAGAGGCCUCUGCUGAUUUUGAAGUAUAUUAUCCUGCCUCUGCAGGUGUUAAACUCGAUAUAGAAAAUUCUAGUAACAUUGACAGAGAACAAUUGGAAACAGCAACACAGUCUGGAAAACAAGCUGCUGGAUGUAUUAAUCCUCAUGAACAAGCUGAAUUAUCACCAUACAUCUUCACUUGUGAAGAUCAGCAAGUAAAAGUCUUGCAGAAUACUGCUGACUGUGAUGAAACCAGGAAUUCCAUUGCUCAGACAUGUGUGGAUAGUCCUGGAAAUAAUGUGUACCUUCUACCCGUAGAAAACAUUGGAGAACAAGUAUCAGAGAAAACCAGUGAACCCUUAACCAAAGAACAAAACAUCCCUGGAAAUGCUGCUUUUCGGUAUAAGCACAACACCACUUUUGUGUCUGAAGUGCUACCUUGCAGUGUACCAAAACUAAAGAGAACAGUUAAACCAGAACUGAAAUGUGAAGCAACUUUUUUGGUCUUCAGUCCUGUGGCUGGUGAAAGCGAUACUGCUCUAUUUACUUCAACUCCUAAAGAGCGAACAAAACCCACAACUUUUCCAGUUGCAUCUGUGGCAGAACUCAGAGACAAGUCUUCUAAACUAAGACAAAACGAGAUGCUUGUAGGAGAGCAUAACCGAAGGCCUUCACUUAAAACUGGUUCAGGUCAAAUUGCAGGAAGAACAGUGGGCAGAUCACCUAUUGUGUCAUCAAUAACCAAAUCAAGGAAAUGUGAGAUUGUUAGUUUUCCCAAACCUAAUUUCAAAAAUGUGAAGCCAAAGGUGAUGUCUAGGCCUGUACUACAGUCAAGAGAGAGUGAGCCCUUAAAACAGUCUCCUCAGUCACCAAAAAAAUCAACCGCCUCCUCAUCCUCAGUAGUUGCUUCCUCAAGGCAACUGUCCCCUUCUGUGAAAGUGCUGAAAAAGAAAAUAGAUUUAACUAAAGAUAUGAAAGUGGAACUGCCUGUGAAUAAGCCCCAUAAGCUGCAUCUUAAGAAACACCUCUUUGCUAGCCAGGUUGUACACGCCGCAACACAUCCACGAACCGUUUCCCACAGGACUUCAAAGACACCUGCGCUGAAGCAGAAUCUGGAAGACACUGGUGAAGUGAGUGCUACCAAUUCAGUGCGCUCCUUGGUUUUUGCUGUGCUUCCAACGUGUGGAGAAGACUCAAAAGAGAUGCUCAAUGAUGAAAUGGACACUUCAGACUCCUUAGUGCAGCCAUGUGCUCAAAACAUCUGUCCAAACAGAAGUGAAAAAGAGCAAAACUGCAACAUAGGAAUUCUGGAAGCGCCGCUGUUAGAAGAUGUAGCAAAUAAAACAUUUGUCCUGCACUCAGUUCCUGUGCAGAUGCCUUCUGUGAAAGGUGAGAAUGCACAAGACAAAAAUACACCAAAGAAAAGCCCAGUCGGUCUACGAAAUGCAUCAGUGUCCAAGGUUAAAAUGGUGCCAUCUGUGUUUCCCUUGAGGAGGGGAAGUGAAAAUAAAAAUACUUGCACAAUCAAAGCACCUUCUCAGAGAGGAACAGUUCUAUCAUCAAGCUCUGGUCUGGGAUCUUCGCCGAGAGAGAAGUAUGCUUCUGUGAAAAAUUCCCCAGCUUCCCGGGCUAGCUCUGCUAAACUACUCUCCAAAUCCAAAGUGCCUGUCAAAAGAUCAGUGCUGGAAAGAACACCUAGUAUCUCGUCACUCAGCAGCACUCCGAGUGAGAGGAGUCUUUCCAGUAGUAAUUCUACAAGUGCCACAGUCAUCAUCAAGAAUGGAGAAUGGCCUUCAAAAACCUGCCAGAAUGGAACUUCUGGAUCUGUCUCUUUGAAAGCAGUACCAAGACCUAGAUUACUCUCAUUGAAAGCAACUCCAAAAGGUAUCUGAAUCUGUAGCUACAGU